AUGAUUAUAUUACUCAUUUCUGUUUUUGGAUUUGUUUUUUAUGUAACAUUGAGGUAGGUUUGGAAAUGUUUUGUUAAAAAUACAUUUUUAUAAUUUUUUUUUUCAGACAGUACCGAUUAUAUUUGCAAUUGAAAAAAUGCGGGUUAAAUCCACAAUUUGACAUUUACGGUUUUACCGGGUUAUUUUGGUUGGAUAGAUGUGAUUCGCAUGAAAAUUAUGGGGAAAUUUGCAAGAAAAUUGAGAACAAUACAUUUUCUUUGAUGAGAGGAUCGAGACAAGUUGUUGUUGUCAGUGACGUUGAAAUGAUUCAUUCGAUUUCUACAAAAUAUUAUGAUUGUUUUCAUUCAAGAAUUGUGAGUUGCAAUGAAGUUUUUCAAAAUUUUUAAAAAUAUUAGACAAUUGUAAGCUAUUUUCAAUUUUUUUUCAUUGGGAUUUUCGAAACUCUAUAAUUUUUUCUCGUAAUCGAAUCUAGAUUUUCGAAAUAAUUGUUUAUGAAAUGAGCAAAUUCUUACUGAUAACUAUUUUUAUCAAUAUUUCCGUGUUUGUGUACUAUUUUUCCAAGACAAUAUUUUUGUUCGAAAUAGCGAGGUCAAACAUAUUUUUCUCUAUUUUUACAUUUGAAAAAUCACGUACGCAUAUGGAAAAUUUUGAGACGGAAAAAAUAUAUGACAUUUCUGAUUAGUUGAAUGAGCUCGAUAAGAAUAAGUUUGAAUAGAAAGCAAAAAAAAACAUGUUUUUUCAGCCGGAAAUUUUCGAAGAUUGUCCAAUUUCAUCAGAAACAAUUCACAUGUUCGCAGCAAGAGGUGAAAGAUGGAAACGACUUCGAACACUCACAAGUUUUGCGCUAUCCACAGCAAAACUGAAAACGGUAAUUUGGCCUGUUUCUUUUUUCAACAUUAAAAAACCAAAACUUUAUCAGCUAUUUCCGACGAUGGACACAUGCGUUUCUAAAUUUAUGGAACAUGUGAACAAACAUGGCAAUGAUACAGUUUCAAUUUAUGGAUCACAUAGGUGAAAAUUGAUAACACUUGAUUUUUUAAUCUUAGUUUUUUAAAGAUUAUUUCAAAACCACACGUCAUUUGUCAUGGUUCAAUGUGUUUAUGGAUAUUCGGGAGAUGAGAAUUAUUCACUUGAGAAUAAUCAAUUUUUAACUUGUGCUAUGAAUGCUUUUGGAAAAUUUGCAGAAUUUAAACAUAAUUUAUGGGAAAAAAUAUCUUGUAGGUUUUCGAGAAAAUUGUUUCUAAUUUUUUAAAUGACAUUUUGUAAUUUCAACGAAAAAACCAAUUUCAGUCAUCUUCACUUCACUUCGCUAUUUUUUGGCAGAUGUGUCAAAUUUCAUAAUGUCAAAUAAAAGCCGUAAAGACUUUUUGGAUCAUUUGCUAUGCUUGAUCAGUGUUUUCUAUCUGGAUUUCAGCACCGAGCAGAAAAAUUACAGCAUUCUCAAGUUUUUCUACGAACAUCGAAAUAAUGAAAGACUUCAAGAAAAUGGUAAUGGUAAAAUUGAUAUGAAAAAUGUGAGAGUGGAAAAACGUGUAUCAAAUCAGGUAUUUUUUAUUUUCAGGUUACACGAUUUCAAAGCAGAAAAUUGAUCUAUCGUUUAAAAAAAUAUUUUUACUUCAGGAAAUAGUGGCGCAAUGCAAAUUCAUUUCUGUUGCUGGUUUUGACACUACUGCAAAUACAUUGACUCUACUAUUCAAUUUUCUGGCAAUCUUCCCAGAUGUUCAAGAAAAAUUAUACGAAGAAAUUCGAUCGCUUGAAGAUUUCUCAUUUGAAACUUUGUGUGAACUACCAUAUUUGGGAUUUUGUAUUUUUGAAACACUACGAUUGUAUCCACAUGCUUCACCGUAAGUGGUUUUCGGAGAAAUUGAGAAAUGUUCUCUGUUGGUAAAUUUUGAAUAAUUUUGAACAUAUUUGAAUUUGAUUUUGUUCAGAAAUAGAUUGAGCUAUUAUAUUUUUUUUAUUGUUUUUCAGACUUCAACAUCGAAUAUGUACAUUUGACUGUAAAAUUGAAGACAUGGAAUUUAAAAAUGGUUUUGAAACUAUCCUUAAUCCUUGGAUGGCUCACCACGAUCCACUAAUUUGGGGAAACGAUGUCGAAACUUUCCGGCCAACCAGGUUAACUCCUAAAACACACAAUUAUCCUAUAUUUCGAAAUUUCAGAUUUACUGAACUGACUGAAAUUCAAAAGCGGGCAUUCAUGCCAUUUGGUGUUGGACCAAGACAAUGUGUUGGAAUGCGAUUUGCGAUUCUUGAAAUAAAAACAACGGUUUUCCGAAUACUUCAAGAAUAUUCAGUUCAUUGUAAUGAUAAAACAAGAUUGGAUGUGAGGAUGACUACACGAGAUACUGGUACAAUUUGGCCUGAUGCUGAUUUAGGCUUCAUUUUGAAACGGAGAAACUGA